UCGUCGGCCCCCCGCAGCCUGUCGCCCCGUCCCCGCUGCGCUCCGGCCUCCAGGGCCCGCUCGGCGUCGCUCGGCCGGCGCUGGGGGCGGGCACAGCCCCCUCCCUCGGUGUCCCCUCCCCGUUCCUCCCCCUCCCCCGUGGCGAGGCGGCGGCAGCGGCGGCGGCGGUCGAGGCUGAGGCGGCGGCGGCGGCGGGCGGGGCUCGGCUCGGGCUCCGCGGGCGGGCGGGCGGACAUGGCGGCCAACAUGUACCGGGUCGGAGAUUAUGUUUACUUUGAGAAUUCCUCCAGCAACCCAUACCUAAUCAGAAGAAUAGAGGAACUCAACAAGACUGCAAGUGGCAACGUGGAAGCAAAAGUAGUAUGCUUUUAUAGACGACGUGAUAUCUCCAACACGCUUAUAAUGCUUGCCGAUAAGCAUGCUAAAGAAACUGAGGAAGAGACUGAGACGACAGUUGAGGCUGACUUGACUGAGAAGCAGAAGCACCAGUUGAAACAUAGGGAGCUCUUUCUGUCCCGCCAGUACGAGUCCCUGCCUGCAACACAUAUCAGGGGGAAAUGCAGCGUGGCUCUGCUGAACGAGACAGAAUCAGUGUUGUCAUACCUUGAUAAAGAGGAUACCUUCUUUUACUCACUGGUGUAUGAUCCUUCAGUGAAAACAUUAUUAGCAGACAAAGGUGAAAUCCGAGUGGGCCCAAAGUACCAAGCCGACAUUCCAGACAUGCUACCAGAAGGAGACUCAGACGAGAGGGAACAGUCCAAACUGGAAGUUAAAGUUUGGGAUCCCAAUAGUCCACUUACCGACCGACAGAUUGACCAGUUUUUAGUUGUAGCCCGUGCUGUCGGGACGUUUGCCCGAGCCCUGGAUUGCAGCAGCUCCGUGAGGCAGCCCAGCUUGCAUAUGAGCGCCGCCGCAGCCUCCCGAGACAUCACCUUGUUUCAUGCCAUGGAUACACUAUACAGACACGGCUAUGACCUGAGCAGCGCCAUUAGUGUGUUAGUGCCGCUUGGAGGGCCGGUCCUGUGCAGAGAUGAGAUGGAGGAGUGGUCGGCCUCUGAAGCCAGCUUAUUCGAAGAAGCACUGGAAAAAUAUGGCAAAGAUUUCAAUGACAUCCGUCAGGACUUUCUCCCAUGGAAGUCCUUGACUAGCAUCAUUGAAUAUUAUUACAUGUGGAAAACUACUGACAGAUACGUGCAGCAGAAACGCCUAAAAGCAGCAGAAGCCGAGAGCAAGCUGAAGCAAGUUUAUAUCCCAACUUACAGCAAACCAAAUCCCAACCAAAUAUCCAGCAGCAAUGGCAAGUCUGGCACUGUGAAUGGAGCUGUGGGGACCCAGUUCCAGCCCCAGAGCGCCCUCCUUGGACGAGCCUGUGAGAGCUGCUAUGCCUCACAGUCUCACCAGUGGUAUUCCUGGGGCCCACCCAAUAUGCAGUGCAGACUGUGUGCGACCUGCUGGCUGUACUGGAAGAAAUACGGAGGUCUGAAAAUGCCCACCCAGUCAGAUGAGGAGAAGUCUCCCAGCCCCACUGCAGAGGACCCACGCGUGAGAAGCCACCUGUCCCGACAGGCCAUGCAGGGCAUGCCGGUCCGGAACACUGGAAGCCCAAAGUCUGCAGUGAAGACUCGCCAAGCUUUCUUCCUUCAUACUACGUAUUUCACAAAAAUUGCUCGUCAGGUCUGCAAAAACACCCUGCGGCUGCGGCAGGCAGCGAGACGGCCGUUUGUUGCUAUUAAUUAUGCUGCCAUUAGGGCAGAAUAUGCAGACAGGCAUGCCGAACUUUCUGGGAGCCCGCUGAAAAGCAAAAGCACUAGGAAACCUUUGUCAUGUAUCAUUGGGUAUUUAGAGAUCCAUCCUGCGAAGAAACCUAAUGUAAUUCGAUCUCCACCAAGCCUGCACACUCCGACCACCAAGAGGAUGCUCACCACUCCGAAUCACACAUCUCUGAGCAUCCUGGGGAAAAGAAACUACAGUCAUCACAAUGGUCUAGACGCCUCCAAGAUUCGGAUGGUGAAUUCUCUGAUUUUCGGAAGGGGAGGACAUGAACUCAGAAGCCUGCAACUAGAAACUGUAAAAGAGAUUGCUUUUGUGGCAUCGGUUGAUCAGAGGGCAGAGUCUUCAAGUCCACGGGCUUCAAGUACUUCUGAGUAGUCAAACCAAUAGGGAACAUUUUGCAGAAAACAAAAACUUACCUGCUGUGUGUCAGACUGAGCUGUCCCUCUUCCAUCCUGUACUUCAAGACCUGCUAUUGUCCCGCUGCUGGUCACAGCCAUGCCUGGGAAGAAGGUGGCGCCUUCGGUGGGAGAGCUCUGCAUACACCCCUUUGAGGCCCAAGGGGGCAGGGAUGGAACUGUAGGAUUGCACAAUCCUAAUCCGUGACUCCAUGUGUGAACCAGAGGCGCCUAGCCUCAUUCCCAGAGACCUUGCUGUCCCGGAAUGGACCUGUCUGAGAGCUGAGGCAAGCAGGGAGCCACCAGCCUCCUCGCUUCCCAGUCUUCACCUCCCAGGAGCAGCUGGCUCAGCCAUGGAGGCCCCACGGCCCUGCAUGUGUCCACCCCACUGUCUCAUGCUGAGAGAUUAUGUACAGGAGGGACACGGCAUCUUUCUGAGUGGAUUCUCCUUCAGAAUGUGCCAAUGUUUCUGCAGUUCGUAAUCUUUCCCUGCCCUUGCUGUUGUAUCUCUUGGCUUUUUCUCAAUAGGCUGCCUUUCUUUCCUCACUGGAAAUCCUGUACAGGGUUUGCUCCCACCCUCUGUGGAGCUGGAGGGUCUGAGGAACAGAAGGUUCUUGACCUUGGUCAGCCUGUGAGUGACUCUCAGCAUCUGUUUAGUCACUGGAGAGAAGCUGGGGUUGGACUGUUUUCCCUUCGGUCCUAGAGAGCUCCCCAGAGAGCAGGUUGAUUGAGCCAAGAGUGCACAUCACUGUGACAAACUAUUGGCUUAUUGCCCUCUUCCCUCAUAGCUAAACCAGCUGACAAAGAUCUGUAGCUUGGUGGAAGGCUCCUACAGUGGGUCACAGAUCCUCCCAUUUUAUUUUAAAUAGACUCUGUUGGGCCUGAGGGGUGGGGUAAAGGAUGGAAAUCCUAUUUGUAGAUAUGAAGCUAUGUAGAUGGCCUUGCAAUCCCUCACUCCCACAGUUCAGUGUUUCUGUGAGCCUAUGUGCCGAGGCCCCUGGAGACCUGCCUGUUUUAUUGCCCUGGAUACCAGCCCUCGGAGACUUCCCAGAUGGCUCCUCUGACAGCCUCCACACUUAGCUGCAGUCACCAAAGUAGCUCCCUGAGCAGAGGACAUGGCCAUCUCUCCAUUAGCAGAGACAGGCUGUGGAGCAUGGAGUCCCAGCACUGUGACAUGCCUAGAGUCUGACCUUGCAACCACCUUGGGGCCUGUGUCUUAAAGCAGCUGGGUGGCUGAUAGGAGGUACUCCAAACUGGUUGCAAGGCAGAGUGGCCACAGCUAGAACUGAACCCCCGAGUAAGUUGACAUAAAAAUGAUGACAUCUGGAAGUCUGUGUUUCAUGCAGCAGAGAGUAGGGGUGUGUGGCUGAGGCUAUUGGCCAGGGUUGCUGCCUUCUCUUCUCCCAGGGGGAGCUACUUGUCCUCUCCUCUGAGGAGGAGCUACUUUUCAUCAUAGGCCUCUACACAGCUUUGGCAAGUUCCUACCACUGCUGGGCCUUGCAGGUGGGGCCUGGGUCAGUGGUGCUCUUUGAAACAGUUGCAGGUGACUGGCAUUUCCCUGUGUGCCCCCAUCAGCAAGAGAGGGAGCGACUGGCCUGUGGAGUAUUAUCUUAGUAAGGCUUUUAUUGUUGAGACACCAUGACCAUGGGCAGCUCUAUAAAGGAAAAUAUUUAAUUGGGGCUGGCUUACAGUUUCAGAGGUUUAGUCCAUUAUUGUCAUGGCAGGAAGCAUGGAGACAUGCAGGCAGACAAGGUGCUGAGGGAGCUGAGAGUUCUAUCUCCAUCUUGAUCUGCAGGCAGCAGAAGUAGACUGUGCCACACUUAGCAUAGCCCACAGACAGCAGCACUCUUCCUCCAACAAGGCCACGCCUACUCCAACAAGGCCACGCCUUCUAAUAGUGCCGCUCCCCCUGGGCCAAUCAUUCAAACACAUGAGUCUACCCAGGCCAUUUGUAUUCAAACCACCACAGGUAUUCUCUGAAGAAGAAGAAAGAGGAGGGGGAGGAGGUAUGAUGCAAUAGUCUGUCUCCGGCCCUAGCCGGGUUUAUGUGGCACUUAGUUACAGGGAGAAAUACCUUGCCUCCCCCGUUCACUCUUCUCUUCUACCCUGUCACAUCACGAAUGGCAAGCUCUUCGCGUUAACCAGAGUCACCCUGACUGCUGAGGCUUCAUUCUCUAUACCGGGUCCAAGAGAUCUGGAGAAGAGCCUAGACAGGGCUAGUAGAGGCCUGUCCUAGCCUGGGUCACAGUUAUCUUUGGGAAAAGCACAGCUCAUUUUGAGCCACAUGUAUCCAGAAUGUUCUUUCUCACCUUGUUUGUGAGAGCUGGCUCUUGCAGCCUCACUGUCCUCACAUAACUUAAGCAUUUUUGCUCCCCCUGAUUACUGGGAAACUCAGAACACCGAAGGAGUGCUCCAGGGUAAAUAAGAUAGGUUCCAAGAGACCUGGUCAGGCCUUUGCCUUUCUGGGCACAAAGUGCUGAGAGGGUCUCUCAUCGCAGCCUUUCUGGGCCCACAAUGUUGCCGUCGUCUGUGUCAAUGGCAGGUCCCUGUUGCUCAGUGAGCAGACGAGUAGACAAACUGAGACUAUCUUCACAGGCACAUGGCACUGCCAGGUCCCCUGGGAGGACUCAAGAGACGCCGUGCAAGGUGUCCCUUCUGGGCCCAGGCAUCGCCACCACUCUGAUAAACUGAGGAUUUGCAAAAGAGGGGAACCAGAGGAGGCUGCUGGAAGCUCCCACAGCACUGCCUUGUCUGCGGCCCAGUGUCUAUCACUCAGGGCCCAACUAGGAAAGCAAAACUUGUUUUUAGGGUUCAGUACAGAAGCAAAAAGAGCAGAGGGGAAGGGGGAUCUGCUGUAUGCAGCGAAGAGGCCAUACUGCUGCAGGCCAGGGCCACUGGGAAGGACCCAAGCCAUGAGGAGUCAAAGAGGGGAGGAAGAACGUGGCCUCUUCCCCCUGCCCUCUGGAUUUCUGUGGGUGCCUUCCACUAGCUGGCUGCAGCCAGAAGCCAGCUACCCUGGGAGGCUGUGGGCCCCACCCCCAGCCUGUGGCAGUGGAGAGUAGGGAUGGGCUGAUGAAGAGCAGCCCUGUGACAUCUACCCUUGUGUGCUAUGUCUUCGGAACCUGGCAGUUCUAGGCAGUGCUAAGACCUUGGGGAAGGAGGCAGAGGAGUGGCCUGCUUGGGUUUUGUAGGUUGUUUUCAUUCUGCUUUACAGGGAGGGAGGGAAAGCCUUUCUUCACAGUUGUCCUUGCUUUCCUUUGGAGGAAUCUGCCCACUAAAGCACCCCGCCUUGUGCUCCCCUCCGGAAAGCCAUGUCCUGGUUUCUGUGUGCGCCCCAUGCCUGUUCCUCUCUUCCGAGAGUCUGUUUUCCCCCAGCCAUGAGCACUAACCAGAGCAGGCCUCAGUGCUCAGGAAAGCUCUCUCCCAUGCCUUGCCAGUGUGGCCUGUCUGUCUGUAGGAGAGGCCAUCUAUCUGUCAGUUUGUAUUGUGUUUCCAAUAAAUUUCUGGAAAUCAU